GCUGGUCUUCAACCAUCAACUUUUUCCGAUGCUGCGGUUCCUGCGCUCGAGAGCGCUGCCGACGCUGGCUCCGCUCAAGUCGCACGUGCUAUUCUCGACGAAAAGCGCCCCACAACUCCCUGAGAGAGCGCGUAUUGCUCUUGUCGGUCGAACAAAUGUCGGCAAGUCCACGCUCUUCAACCGGUUGACCAAGUCACGCGGUGCUAUCGUGCACAACGUCCCCGGAACAACGCGCGAUCGCCGUUUUGCUGUGGGCUACUUGGCCGGACUCGAGUUUGACGUCAUCGACACGGGCGGUUUGGCAGAUGCACCCACUGGAAGCUUGGAACGGGGCAUGCUCGACCAAACGGAACGGGCUCUCCACGAAGCUGACCUAAUUCUGUUUCUAAUCGACGGUCGUGAAGGCGUCACAGAAAUCGACAAGCACUUCGCUCGGUGGCUUCGCAAAGCGGACCCGCAGUCUCCGAUCCAACUCGUCGCGAACAAGCUGGAAGGUGACGCCACGCAAUGGCUCGGCAACAUCCAUGACUCGUAUCAGCUGGGCAUGGGGGAGCCGUUGGUAAUCUCCGCUGAGCACGGAGAAGGUCUGACGGACCUCGUCCCCCUGCUUGAACCCCUUGUCCAAGGACAUGCGGCAGCAGUGGCCGCGGAAAAGGCCGCUCUUGCAUCGGAACUGUCGUCGGAUGACGAAGGCUUCAACGAUUCGUUCGACAGCCCACGGUCGAUCAAGCUCGCAAUUGUUGGCCGCCCGAACGUGGGCAAGUCGACUCUACUCAACAAGAUCGUGCGAGACAAUCGCGUGUUAACAGGCCCCGAACCUGGGGUGACACGCGAUGCAGUCGAAGUCAAGUGGGAGUUCCAGGGUCGCGAAAUCACCCUCGUCGACACGGCCGGGAUUCGCAGAUUUAGCAAGCGCGACCACUCCAACCAAAUUGAGAACCUGUCGGUGCGGGACACAUACGACGCCAUCAGCUCGGCUCAAGUUGUGUGUGUGGUUGUGGACGUGAGCGAAGAGCACUUGAUUCACCUGGACUUGACCAUUGCCCAACGGGUCCUCGAUGAAGGUCGAGCGCUGGUGCUCGUGGCAAACAAGGCCGAUUUGGUCGGCGACGCGGAAGCUGAGAUCGAGCGCAUUCGAAAGGAGCUGGAUGGAUCGCUUGCUCAAGUCCGUGGCGUGCCGAUCGUGUCGAUCUCGGCCCUCAAGGGCAAAGGCAUCCGCAAUAUUUUGCCUGAAGUCGUGGCGGCCCACAAUCGAUGGGAUUUGCGUGUCACAACGGGGCGGUUGAACCGGUGGAUGGCCGCGAUGGAUCGCCAUCACCCGCCACCGACAGUCAAGGGAAAGACGCUCAAGGUCAAGUACAUCACCCAAGUCAAAGCCCGCCCACCGACCUUUGCGCUGUUUGUGAACAAGGCCGAAGACGUCCCAGAGUCGUACCGACGGUGCGUUCAUCGCUAGAAUUGUUGUCGUUGUCCUCUCGGGCUGAAUCGGUCGUAGCUUUCUCCUCAAUCAAUUGCGCACCGAGUUUGACAUGAUUGGUGUCCCUGCUCGCCUCCUCCUCCGUGGAAGCGAAGACAAUCCGUACAAGCGAGGGUACUCCCGCGCCAAACCGACGUCGAGGCGCCCCGCCGUUGCCAAACCAGUACCUUUCGGUGGACGCAACGCGUCUCCCAAGGCUGCUUCGCCCACACGACCGGUGGCCAUCGCGGCAAUCCCCGCGGCGAAGACGCCCUCAAAAAAGGCGAAUGUGGUGCGCGGGACUCACAAGCACAAGAUCCGGAGUUUGUCGCCUGGGGCCAAACCUUCCAAUUCCAAGGGUCGUGCAGCACGUCGGGAGCCUGCAAAGAAGCCGUCUGGCCGAGGCGGUCGUGAUGCACCUACGUCAAGGCCAUCCAAAAAGUCGGGCGGAGGGGGCAUGCAGAAGGGCAAAUCGUCGCGUCGCCACAAGACCGACCGCACCACGUUGCGCGAUCCAUCGGCUAAGAAAGCCUCGAGAUGGAGUGCCAAGAAAAAAGAGAGCAUCAAACGCCACAAUGGCACGCGGAAGCCGCGCACGGGGUAGACCUCCGCAAUGAGCAUGCGACUCAACACUUGGACCAUCCUCCGACGCAACCACAGCCGUUGUGUCACCCUCUGGUACAUGGAAAUGUCGGGCUUGGUAAUCAAUCAUCACGUCGACGGAGAACUUCCUUACGAUCCUGCACAGCUUGCAAUCUGUAUGGGAUUACCAUUCCGAUGUCGAUGUAAAGACUGCGACACGCCGCUGCGGCGGCAUAGAGGUCUGCUUGACGGCUUCGUCAACGCCGUCC